AUGCCUGCAACUGGAGGAACACAUUGCAGUAGGGUAUUUCCAGUCGCUGUUUUGAUCUUGUUGGUAUCAUCAACCGGUGCACAAAACCCUGAAUGCUUUUCUCUCAAAGACAGUACUUCUUGCCCACAGUUUGCCGCAUACAGCGUUCGCAAAGAUAAUAGUAAUCCACCGCUGUUUAACAAUGUAGCAUCACUAGAUUCAUACAUUCACAAUUCUGCACCUACUUCUGCAGGCUUUCAAUCUUUUGUCAAAAGUUUUUUGAAAUGUCCUGGAUGGGAUGGAUCCGGUGUUCGCUACUCACAAUCUUUCAACUGUGGCCUUGUUGUGGCUAACUCAGCAGUCUGUAAUCCUGGUGUCCAGCCUUUCCAACUCUGUCAAGCCACAGCCAAGUAUUUUACAGAUUCUAUUGAAUCUUUGUUCAAGAAUCCCGAGUUUUGCCCUGCUGGCUCUACUCGAAAUGUUCCCGCUCCUUAUCUGUCGUUUGUCAAUUCUCUAAAAAAGAACGACCCACUAAACAAGCGCGACUGUCUGAUUGCUCAGGAUGUCGAGUUUGGCAUGUGUGGAUUUGGAACCAAAGCCGAGAUUGAAGCCUACUGCUUACCAAACAAUCCAAGCAAAGAUCCAUGCUGCGAUGCUGCAGUGAGACUCGGCAACAUUGGCACUUCUACCACUACCACUACCACAAUCGGGGUUGUUGCCAAUCCUACCGCCAAUACCUUGGGUACAGCAUCACCUUCACUAAGCAUAGGUGCUUCUGGUACACGCAAUGCUUCUACUCAAGACAGUCAGCAACCUAAUGCUGAGGGAACCACCUCCAACAGCAGCAGUUCCGAAAGUCAAACGGGCCUACUUGCAGGCAAAAAACCUAUCCUUAUUGGCGGUACUAUUGCUGCCGUUGGUCUGGUUGUUGCAGCCGUCUUUAUGUUUGUGAUUGGCAGACGACGAGCAAUAGCCAGAAAUGCUCAAAUAGAAAACGGUAAUCUUUCUGGUAAUUUUGCUCAAGUUACAGAUACGAUGGAAGUCAUAUACGAGUAUUUCCCCAACUUGCACGAUGAGAUUGAACUUCAUGUUGGUGAUCAUAUCAUUAUCAAAACCAUCUUUGAUGACGGAUGGGCAUUUGGGUAUAACAUGGUGACAAAACAAGAGGGAAGCUUCCCUAUGGAAUGUGUUGGGCCUAUUGGAUCUGCCCAUCCUUCUCCGCACGACUCAAUGGCUACUCGUAGACGAGUAUCUUCGAUGCGAGUGACAAGCCAGUACAAGUAGUUUCUUUGAAACUGUUUUUAAAAAUAUAUUUACAAUGUUCAAACUUCAA